CAAUCAAGGCAAUUAUAAGUUCACACAACCCCCCUCCUCUCUUGUUGAGGGCUCUUUUCUACUGUCCUCAGCCCAGUAAUGGCCACUUCAUGUAAAUAUCGAGUGGUUAGUGAAUAAUUAGUGUUUCAUUGGCCAGCCAUCACCUCUGGGCCCCGUCUACACUUUAGACCCCUCCCUCGUAGAGCCGCCCUGAAGACAGGGGCCCCUUUUGAAUGACAGCGCUUUGAGAAGGAAGACGAAUUCUUGUCUGAUUUCCCGCAGCCGCAGCGUCGAUGAGAAGCAGUCGAGGGACUCCAUUCUAACUGAAUGGAUUGGUAUGGGGAGAAGCGGACCACAAAUCACGGCUAAGCGGCAGCUUUGGGACUGUAUAACGUUGACGAUGGUUUUACUUUCGCUGCUGUUUCGACCAGGUCACUGCCAGCAGUGCCGAAUCCAGCGCUGCAAUGCAGAGUAUGUGGCUUCUACCUCACCCUCUAGUGGUCUGCAGGAGGACGUGGCCCUCGAUGUGGACUACUGCAUUGCACUGCGGGCCUACGCUCUGUGCACCCGGCGGCAGGCGCGAAGCUGCAGAGGCGACCUGGUCUACCACUCGGCAGUCUUCCGCAUUAAGGACUUAUUCUCUCAGCAUAAUUGCUCCAGCGACGGGCCCACCUCCUCUGCAAAGAUCCCCAGCACGUCUCGGCCGGCUGUGUCAGACCUGUGCAACUAUGAGAACCGGGUCCUCACGUCAGGCCCUGCUGGUCAGCAGAAGAAAUACGCCCACUGUGGAUUAUUCGGAGACCCACACCUACGGACUUUCCGAGAUGAGUUUCAGACCUGCAAAGUGGAGGGGGCGUGGCCUCUGAUUGACAACCGUUUCCUGUCUGUGCAGGUGACCAAUGUACCUGUCGUGCUGGGCUCCAGCGCCACAGCAACCAGCAAGAUCACAGUGAUCUUCAAGUCCUACCAUGGCUGUACAGAUCAGAAGGUUUACCAGGCUACAACAGAAGAUCUGCCUCUGGCCUUUCAGGACGGGACUCGUAGUGGAGGUGAGAGUGGCAGCCUGACCAUCGUGGAGCGCGGGGGCUCUGGGGUGGGUCGACAGGUGAAGAUACAGGCCCGCUACAUCGGCACCUCCAUCAUUGUCCGACGGGUGGGCAGCUACCUGACAUUUGCCAUCCGCAUGCCAGAGGACACUCUGGACUUCUCUGAGGACAACGGCGGCCUGCAGCUCUGCCUGCACGGCUGCCCACGCAACGAGCUCAUCAAAGAGCACACGCUAGGCCGACAGAGCCAGCAGCCCCGCCUGCAGGGCACAAACACGGAGCUGGGUCCUCUGCGGCCCCCCCACCAGGUGUACACAGUGGAGCGGGCCACCGCCAAGUGUAGAGAGACUCUGAAGGUGGAGGACGUGUACUUUCAGUCCUGUGUGUUUGACUUGCUGACAACAGGAGACCCAGAGUUCUCCAUGGCAGCCUACGGCGCUCUGGAGGAUUUAAAGGCGCUGCCUCCCAGUAAACUGAAGCAGAACUCCCCGAGGACUCCUCGCCUUUACAACCAAGGGGCGUCAAACACAUCACCUGGAGUAGCAGCCAGCAGUUCCCUGCUCUCACUCCUACUCCUCACUCUGCUACUUAUGUGAAAAAUAAAUACAUAUAAAUAAUUUUGGGUGACCGGGAGGCUCAUCUGUGAGAGUGCAUGUCCCAUGUGCUUUUGCAGAGUCCCAGGUUUAAUUCCAGCCAGGCCCCGUGCUGCAUGUCAUCCUUUUUCUCCCUGCUGUCUCCAACAUUAUAACGCAGAAACGCCAAAACAAAUUCUUCAGAACAAAGAAUAAACGUCAAUCAUUUACAAAAAAGAGACACAUGGAGACAAACAGAACAUGGAAGUAUUACCAGCUUGAGGAACGAGUGAUAAGAGCUCAGACAUUUUAUUUUUAUCUUUGGGGGGAUUUGUGAAUGUUAGGAUCUUUCUGUUGUUUGCAUACGAAGGAUUUAACUAUAAGAGCAGAUGGCCUUUCUUCAAACUUUCACACAACUCCCACAUACACAGGUCCUAUCAUAUGGUACAACAUGUUUACCAUCCUCACACACUCUGUUCAUUGGUUUACAGCACUCCUUAGAAAGGUUCAACUUCUAUGUGUGUGUGUGUGUGUGUGUGUGUGUGUGAGCGCUGAUAUCAAGGCAGCUGAAGAGAAUUUCUUUGUUUUUACUUUUUGUAAAUAUUUUUAUGCACAACCUUCAAACACUCCACCAUGUAUGAAGCUGCAUGUGUAACUCCAAAACCGUACAUAAGCUGUUUUUGUGCAGAGCGACGUGGCUCAUUGAUCCUGUUUAAUCCAGCAAUAUCAAUAGCACUUAACAGUUUCAGCAGCAAGUUUUGUGUGUUUAAAUGAUACCUCUUUUGUCUACUUCAACUCUUGUUUCAGAAAUUGGCAUGCUUAAUACACAGGAUCCAACAACUGUAUGUAAAAACUACCUACUCAUAAUCUACCAUGUGUCUGUUCAUCUCAGUUCUCAUGUUCUGUGAAACACUCCCUCUUCAAGCUGUUUGGCUUCCAGGCUGAAAGGUUAAAUAACACAAAUCUUUAUAUAAUAAUAUAUUAAAAGAGUGUAUAUAUGUGUUUUAUAUUGUGUACAUUUGCUUGUGUAUAGAUGUUUUAACUGUAAUAUGUUUUACAUUUGUUGUGUUAAGUAGGCUAUUUUGAGACAUUGUAUAAAAGUUAACUAAUAUGUGUUUGCUGUAUCUGUAAUGAUCUGUAUUAAAAUGUUGGACACUCCAGAA